AUGUCUCCCAGGAUCAGCAACGACCAAGAGCUUGUCUCUCUCUCUCAAUCCAGACAGACCUCCAUGGUCUCAGGCUCAUCACAUAUGGCCCCCAGAACUUUCCAGGAUGAUGAUCUCUCGAGCCAAGACACUGCGUCUCUGUGCUCUCUACCUUCAACCCAAGGAACCAUCCCGGACAUGAAAGAAUGGAGCAUGCACACUUCAGAGUCCCUAGAACAGGCCAUGUCAUCCAAGGAUUCCCCACAGGUGCAAAUGCUUUCCUUUUCACUAUCCCAACAGCUUAUGACCCCCACUGUCGGGCCAAGUGAGGUGAUGUACACAGGAGUGGACUUCCCAGCAGUCUCAGAGCUACAUGACCAGGACAUGCCACGAGACUUUUACUCGUUUGUGGACCUUUCUUCCAUGGAUAAUGAUGUUUCCGUGCAAUCGAGUACUCCAGAUGAUGCUCAGUCUGUCGCGCUCAGCGCUCACACUGACGAUGGUCACUUCAUCGCCGGUCAUGAAUCAUGGAAUGCCAUGAUGGCCGAUAGUCAAUACCCCGGAACUACUCUGGAUCAGCUUUCAGCCAAUCUCUACCAGACCAUGCCGGUCUCUCCACCUUUGACGGAGGCCAGUAAUGACAUUCCCAUCACGUCUGCAUGCUCACACUCGGGAUUCACAUCUUUCUUUGCACCUGAUGAUUCUUUCCUUGGAGACUUCACGACCUCUCCCAUGGGCCACUCCAUUAAUCCCGUGGAACCUUUAUUCCCCAUUUCCGCUCCUCUCAAUGAGAAGGAUCCCAACCGGACCAUUCGGCCAUCCAAGCCCUCUCGUCGAGGAACAUUGCCCGCUGCCCAAUCACAGGUCAAGCCUGAGCAGGAAUUCUUCCCCGGUUUACCCGUGAGAGACUCUGUUCGCCCCAAGUCCAAGGACAGUGCUGAGGCCCGGAACCCACGAGACCACCACUACUACCACCUGGCUCCUCAGAAUGACGGAAAAUAUCACUGCCCGUUCGCCGCUGGCGAGAAGCCCUGCUCUCACCCCCCGACCACCCAGAAAUGUGCCUACCACAAAUACCUGGACUCCCACUUGAAGCCUUACCGUUGUAAACAUGCCUCUUGCGUGGACAACAUGCUGCGAUUCUCUUCCAAUGCUUGUCUCUUCCGCCACGAGCGUGAGGCUCAUGGGAUGCACGGCCACGGAGAAUGCCCCCACCUGUGUCUGUUCGAGGGUUGUGAGCGCUCCGUGCCUGGAUUUGGAUUCCCUCGUCGAUGGAACCUGCAUGAUCACAUGAAGCGCGUCCACGAUUAUGUCUCGUGUGAGCGACCCACCUCGCAGCCCACCUCUCAGGCCGGUUCCCAACCCAGCUCUCCCGAGGCUAUCGUAUCCACCGCCCCGGCCAAGAAGAAGGAUUCAUCCUCCACCAGCCGUAAGCGCCGAGGUGUCACGGAUGCCACUCCGGCUCCCACUAUGAAGCGCACCCGCUCCGUUCACUCCCAGUCCAGCUCGGCCAAAGUCUCCCAGGCUUCUGUCCAAAACACUCAGCGUCUCCAAAACGCCGAGCGCAACUACUACAAAUGCCGUACUCGUCUUCUAGAAGAGCUGAACAAGAUCACGCCUCAGGACAUCUCCUUGCAUGAAAAGGUCAACGCUAGCCUGCAGGAACUGUACACCCUUGGUCUGCAAUAUCGCCAUUUGGAGGCUGGACACGCCGUUUCUCGAAUCUCCAACGGUAUGCCUGCGUGA